CGCGAGUUCGCCCCGGCUGGCGGGCCAUGGCGGAGCAGCCGCUGGACCACGGGGUCCAGAUCCGCUUCAUCAGCGACCUGCGGGAGCCGCGGCGCCCCCCGCGCCCCGCCCGCGGCCGCGGCGGCUCCUACGGCGUGGCCGUGCGGGUCCAGGGCAUCGCCGGGCAGCCCUUCGUGGUCCUCAACAGCGGCGAGCGCGGCGGCGACAGCUUCGGCGUGCAGAUCAAGGGGGGACACCCCGAGACGCCCCCCAGUGCCCCCAAAGGCCGGCCCCCGAGCGGCUCCGAGGAGGAGGAGGAGGAGGAGGGGGGCGUUGAGGGGGAGCUCUGGGACGGGGGAACGCGGAGGGGCCGCAGAUUUUCAGAUCAGGAAGGUUCAGGGGGGUCCCGGGGGGUCCCAAAAGUUUUGGAGAAGGAGUUGGGGGGAGUUCAGGGGAUGCCCAGAUUUUCAGAUCAUGAAAGUUCAGGGAGGUCCCGGGGGGUCCCCAGGUUUUUAGAUGAGGAAGGUUCAGGGGGGUCCCGGGGGGUCCCCAAAUCCUGGGAUGAAGAAACUUCCGGGCGGUCUCGGGGGAUCCCAGAAUUCUCGUAUCAGAAGCCGGGAAGAUCCCGGGAUGCCCCAAAACCCUCGGAUCGGCACCUGAAAAUCCCCAAACCCUCGGAGGAGCUGCGCCGGUCCCAAUCGCACGGCGACCUCAGCGCGCCUUUUCCCAAAAGCGGGGAAAAAUUGGGAAAAAAGGAUGCGGAAACUCCCAACAUUCCUGGCGAUGUGGACACGGAGCCGCUGCGCUCCGUGGAUUCCUUGAUCACCAAAUUCGACGGGAAUUUGCCCCGCGGGCGAGCGGCGCGGAGGUUCCGCGGCCCCGGGGCGGCUCCGAGGAAGCGCUCGCAGAGUUUGGAUGCGCGGAAUUCCCGGGAAUCCGCCGCGAUCCCGCCCCAAAUUCCCCAAAUUCCCGGCGGGUUUGGGGGCGUGGAGGGACAGAGCGUGGAGAUGCAGCUGAAAUCCACCCCGGACCUGCUGCGGGACCAGCGGGAACUGGGGGGCGGCGAAAACCCCGCCGAGCUCAUCUACAGCAUCCUCAAGGAGGGGAGCUCCGAGAGUGAAAUUUCCCUGAAAAGGAAAACUUCGCGGCUGCUGGGAAAAUUCCAGGAGCUGGCGAGCUCCGUGGUGCCUCCGGAUUCGCCCCAGCCCCAAAUCCUGCGGGAGGCCCUGGAGAGGAAAUCCGAGGAGCUGCAGCGGAGCCAGGCCCAGCUGAGCGAGCUGAGGGCUGCCAAGGAGGCGCUGGAGGCACGGCUGGGCCACCUCGAGGGGCAGCUGCUGGCCACCGACCCCAAAAGUGACCCUAAAAGUGACCCCGACACAGAGGGCCUCUACCAGGAGGUUUUGGGGUUCUCCCAGUCCCAGAUCCCGAUUUUCCCGCUGCCAGGAGCUGCAGGAGUGCCGGGAGCAGCUGCAGGAGGCUCUGGGGUCGCGGCGGCGCCAGGAGCGGGAGCUGCAGGCGCUCAAGGGGGCCCUGAAGGCCGAAGUGGCCGCGCACGAUUCCGACCUGGAGCGGCUCCGGGGGGAGAUGGAGGCGAUCCGGGGGCAGACGGAGCGGGUCUCGGAGGAGAAAUCCAGCCUGGAGCAGGAACGGGAAAAUUUGGGAAUGCAGCUCCGGAAUUUGCGGCGGGAGCUGGAGGAGAGCGCCGAGGAAACGGAGCAGUGGCGGGAAAUGUUCCAGAAAAACAAGGAAGAGCUCCGGGGAAAUUCCAAGCAGGAGCUGCUGCAGGCACGGCUGGAGCGGGAGGAGUUGGAGGAGGAGCUCCGGGAGCUCCGGGAGCGAUUCCAGGCGGCGCGGGAGGAUCGGGAUCGAGCCCGGAGCCACCCCCAGGAGAUGGAGAAGCUCCGGAAGGAGCUGGAGCAGGCCCAGAAGGAUCUGGAAAAGCUCCGGGGGGAGCGGGACGAGGCUGCUCAGGCCCAGAUUUCCCUGGAAUCAGCACUGGAGGCAUCGGAGAGGCACGGAAAGUUCUGGAAUCACGUCUUGAGGAAUCCCAGGAGCAGCGGGAAAACUGGGAACGGCUCCGGGAGAAAGUGACUGAACUGGAGGGCGAGCGCGCGGCGCUGGCCGAGGCGCGGGGCUCGGGCGCGGAGCGGGAGCGCGCGCUGGAGUCGCGCCUGGAGCGAUCCCAGCGGGAGCUGCGGGAUUUGGGAGCGGCGCUGAGCGAGGAGCGGCGCCGGCGGGAUCGGCUCAGCCAGGAGCUGGAGCAGAUGACAGCGGAAUCCCAGAGCUCCUUGGCCUCGCUCCGAUCCCAACUGGAAGAAUUCCAGGAAAAAUCCCGUCGGGAGCUCACGGAUUCCCAAAAAAUCGCCCAAGACCGUGAGGCUGAGGCGGAAAAAUUCCAGCAGAACCUUGGGAAGCUCCAGGACGAGGUUUCCCGGCUGAAGGAGACGAUCCAGGAAACGGAGGAGCGGGAUCGGAUCCUGCUGGACAGACUGCUGCUGAAGAGGCUCCAGGAGCUGGAGCAGGACCUGGAAAACCGGAAGCGAUCCCAGGAAGAGCGCCGGCAUUCCAAGGCACUGGAGGAAAAAUCCAAACGUUUGGAAUUGGAGCUGGACGAGGAGCGGAGCUCGGUGGAGCUGCUGAGCGAGAGGGUGACCCGGAGCCGGGAUCAGAUCGAGCAGCUGCGGGCGGAGCUGCUCCAGGAACGUUCCAGCCGCCAGGACCUGGAAUGUGACAAAUCCUCCCUGGAGCGCCAGAACAAGGAGCUGAAGAACCGGCUGGCCGCUUCUGAGGGGCAGCAGCGACCCGGGAACAGCCGGAAUUCCCAGCUGGAAUCGCAGCUGGAAGAGCUCCGGGAGCAGCUUCAGACGGAGGAGAGGGAGAAGAGCGUCCUGCUCUCGUCCAACCGGAAGCUGGAGCGGAAAAUCAAGGAAUUGUCGCUGCAGCUGGACGAGGAGCGGCAGAGUUGCAGCAACCAAAGGGACCAGCUGAGCCUGCGGGUGAAGGCCCUGAAGCGCCAGGUGGACGAGUCCGAGGAGGAAAUCGAGCGCUUGGAAAACGCCCGGAAAAAAUCCCAGCGGGAGCUGGAGGAGCAGCAGGAGCUCAACGAGCAGCUCCAGCGGCGCCUGAAAUCCAUGGAAAAGGAGGCCUGGCGCCGCGCCGUGGACUCGGCGCUGCAGGACGAGCGGCUGAGCUCGGACGAGGAGUUCGGAUCCGCGGCCAUCGCCUCCCUCCUGAGCGAGGCCAACCUGCAGGCCAGCUCCUGCUGAGCCGGGAGGGAACGCCGGGAACGCCGGGAACGCCGGAGGCGUCGUCAUCAUUAUCUUCGUCAUCAUCAUCAUCAUCAUCAUCAUCGUCAUCGGGGCUGGGAUCAGUUCCAGGAUUGGUCCCAUCCUGGGACUGGUUCCGGGGUCAUCCCUGGGAUCAGCCUUCUCCUGCUGAUUCCCGGGAAUUCCAGAGCUGGGAUCGAGUCCGGGAUCAGCCCUAGGAUCAGCCCUGGACCUCCGGCCAGGAUCAGCCCCAGGCUGCGGCUGCUCCAUAGGAAAAAAUUCCCAAAGCCAGGACAUGAAGGAAAAAGGGCUGGGACCCCGUGGGAAUCCUGGGAUUUCCAGGAUUUCCAGGGAUUUCCCAGAAUUUCCAGGGAUUUCCUGGGAUUUCCCAGCUCCUGAAGACACUUUGGGGGAAUCCCAGGAUUUCCCCAUUCCAGGAAUUUUUAUUCCCACCUGCUCCCGAAGAUGUUUGGAAUAAAAUCCAGUGGUUUAAGGGCA